AUGGUUAAAAAACUGAAGAAUGCAUUCUCGAUCUCUGAUUUAUGGGUGUCUUCAAAUGAAAAGACGAGCGACUAUUACUUAACAUCAUGGCAACGAGGAGAUUCGGCAAUUCCUAUGUUUCUUGUGCGGCUGCUCCUGAGCUCUGUGUCUGUCGGGAUCUUGGUGUGGUCACUGGUGGUUGGAGCUGGCCCCCAUUGGAUGAUAUACCUCACAAACUGGGGUCUCUUGUUAGUGACAUCAUUAACACUUAGUGGCCUAUUAGUCUCUUGUUUUGCAAUAUGUAAAAAAAUACCAGAUGGGGGUAAUUUGCCAUGGUAUGUGAGCAUAUAUUGGCUGUGCUAUAACAUUACCAUUACAAUAGCAAUUAUGAUAACUGCCCUCUACUGGAUUUUACUAUUUUCUCCAGAACUUAAAGCCGAACAAACUGCUGGUGCAUUCUGGCUAGACGUGGCUACUCACGGAUUCAACUCCUGCUUGGCGCUUGCUGAGCUACUUCUGUCCCGUACUCCCAUGCGCUUUUUACACAUCUACCAGCCUCUCGGCAUGGGGGUGUGGUACGCUGGCUUCAGCGCUAUUUACUACUCAGCGGGCGGUACUGAUGGUAUGGGUAAUCCGUUUAUCUACGAGAUUUUGGAUUGGAGCCAAGCGGACCGUGCUGGAGUAAUAGUCGCUAUAUCUGCAGCCAGCCUAAUAAUUCUCUACACUGUUUUAUGGUUCUUAACCCUCGCCAGAGACAAGUUGUCUGUUUCACUCAUUCGGACCACAAGCCUUCCUCUGACACCUCCUGAACUACAUUCACCAGACGUUGUUUGACUCUCGAAAAAUGUAUGAUUAAAUUAAUUUAGAUUAAAAAAUAUAUGAUUAUGUGUAGGUACUUAUGUCUUAUAGUUGAAUAUAUUUAAGCUAGGUAUUAUUCAAAAAUUGUAAGUAAUGUUUAAAUUCUCAGUACUGGUGUAUUCAAAUUUGAUUAAAACUUAUUCGCUCGACUUUAAAAGACUUAUAAGCAGAGACGGCUCAUCUUAAAAAGCGCUGAUGCAGUGCACUCCCACGAAAAUUACAUAAUCUUGUAUCUGUGUUUCUUUAUAAUACAUACUAUACUUACAUUACAUUCUUUCUAUUGUACUAUGCCUAUACAAUAGUCUAAGUAUUAUAUUAACUAUACCUACGCAUACAUUUGACGUAAAGUUGUAACGAGUGGAGCGUCAGCGAUUGCGCUCCUAUGAAAUGAAGUUUAGUACGAUUCCUAGUACUGUAUUUAAUGACUGCGAAACAGAAACAUCGAAAAAGGUUAACCGCGUGAAACAAAAGAUUUCUAUAUGUAUGGACGGAAUUGUUAUUUUUUUGUACAAAUGAAAUAAAUGUUACCAUUUAGUUA